CAGGGUAAGUAUUGAAAAUAAUUAUAAUGCAUCAAUUUCGUUUUAUUUUUUAUUCAUCUGCUAUGAUUUUCAGUUUUGUAUGACCAAGUGUGAUCCAAGCAGGGGCUUUUCAAUCUACGAUGAAACGUUCCACACUAGCCUCGAAGCAUUCGUUUGCAGAUGUAACCAAGCAGUAAAUCAUAUCCCGAAACUGGAAGUUAUUGGUAAGUACUGAGUAAUCAUAUUAUAAAUAAAUCCUCUUACGUUACUUACGUUUUGUGAAAACCAAUUCCGUGUAUUUAGAGGUAGAUAAAGAAUCAGUUCUUGAAACUAAAGAGUAGUCGGGCUCGGCUACCAUGCAAUAUUACUUCAGAUAAGUUUGCUUCAGUUCAGUUUGCUAGUUCUUAUCGGAUAAUUGCUGUCAUGGCAACGCACGAAUACAUGAGAGGCAAAUAAUGCAUGUCUUAAUAAUGCUUUAAAUUCUCUAAUCUAUUUCAAAAGGUUUACCGAAGCCCUCCAUUACUAGCGAUACGAAAGGUAUCGUACCAUUGGGCAAGCGUAUUAGACUGGUCUGCAGUAUUACUCUUGCUCCGAACAAGAAGAUAGAAAUGACGUGGAAAACCCUUCCAAACUAUCAGCCCGCUGACAAGAAUGAAAGAAUCCAUGUCGGACAAAUGAUUGUCGUGCCGCAUCCGGAAUUGUAUAAUCGAGAUCUUGCAACACGAGAGCUCACCAUCGAAAAUGCUACCUUGGAGGACAAGAGAACCUAUCGGUGUGAAGUGUCUGAUGGGCAGUACAACGUAAAUUAUCACAGCUACAGAGUAAAUGUUCGAGAAACAUCAGAUGACUAUGUGAUACUGAGUGGUAUGAGUCAUAAGGCAGUUAUCAAUCGAAAGCGAAACUCCAACGGAGAAUAUAAACCAAUUGAUAUUUUUGUUAAAUAUCGAUCGUAUCCGACGAACAUAACAUAUUCAUGGACAAGAGACGAUGUAAUGCUGAUAGAUGGCAUUUUGGGCAAAUAUCAAAUGGAACAUACUGAAAAUUAUGUGAGGUUAACCAUAAACGAUCCAACUGUAAAUGAUACGGGUGUGUACACGACUGUGGUAAACGCAGGCUCAGGAACUAAUCAAUUCAGCGUACAAGUUUAUGUGCAUGGUGAGUGAUGCUACUAAAAUUAUUGCAAGAAACGGUAAUCUUAUCUAACCCCUUUUCUAUAGCUAAACCUUCUGUUCACAUGGAAAGUAAGCGUGUAAUCCUGGGAGAGGAAGUUAACUUUACAUGUAAUGUCGUCGGCUAUCCAUUGCCAGAGAUCAGAUUCUGGUUUCAACCUUGUCUGGAAGUCCCUUGGCAAAACUGUUCCAAUAAUAAAAACACUCGCAUAGAAAUGAAUGUAAGUUUGCUAAAUUUUAAGAUGUUCAUAUCUUAUGCCUACCUUAGUAGCGGCACACAAAUUAAAUUUAACAAAUAAAUUGAUUUUAUUUACAGGCAACAUCUAUCACCAGCAAAUUGAGCUCUUCGGCCAAGGCAAUUAUAUCAAUGACCGCUAAGCACCCAGGAAUCGUGUAUUGCACGGCAUCUAAUUCUGAGGGAAACAAAACGUCUCAGGCAUAUCUACUGGUGAGAAGCAUGACUACGGAAAUCAAGCUAGAACAGAUACAAACAAGAGGUUUGAUCACUGUCGGAGAUAAUGUGACAUUCUUAUGCUCUGCCAUAGAUUUUGG